AUGAGGAGCAAAGACCGCCUGGCAGAACUCCGACACUUGGCGAAUGGCGCGGCGGCGGGGGUGUACCAUGAAACUGUGGAGCUCAUGAAGGAUCAUGUGCACCAGAACACCGAGAUAGAUGAAAUCUUCCAAGAGGUAGAGAGGAUGCGCGAGUGGAUCCACCAAGUCAACGGAAACACACAGCUGAUGCGGCGCCUGCACGCCGACCCCACCUUCCACACCAACAAACAGUUGCAGGAGCAGCUGGAGAGCGCGGUGACGGCGUCGAAUGCCACCGGCCUGAAAGUGUGCGGUGCGCUGCGGCAGAUGGAGGCGCGCGUGAAAGCGUGCGCGACGCGCAACGACGUGCCCGCGCGCAUCGCGCGUCUGCAGUACGCCGCCACGCGAAAGCUGUACGCUGAAGCACUGGACAGACAUCACGCCGCGCUCGACACCGUGCGCGACCACCAGCUGCACCUGCUGCACGAACAGAUCAAACUGACGAACCUCACCGUGACGGACGAGGAGUGCCAAAGCCUGCUCGACUCCAACAACAUCUCGCUCUUCGUCGACAACGUGAAGGCGGAGACAGCGGAGGCGCGUCGGCUGCUGCGCGACGUGGAGGCUCGGCACGCGGAACUGACGCGCGUGGAGGCGGCGCUCACCGAGGUGCGCGACCUGUUCACGCAGCUCGCGCACCUGGUGGCCUCGCAGCAGGAUCAGGUCGACAGUGUCGAGUACUACGCACUACAGGCCACCGAACACGUCGGCACCGGCGGCGGUCUCCUCUUGAAGGGUACCAUCAGUAAAACUAAGGCCAGAAAGAAAAAGAUGGGACUCGUAGUGUGCCUCGUGGCGGGCUUCGCGAUAGUGCUACUAGUGUUGAUCAUCACGUGA